GGUAAAGUCCACCCCGCCUUACCUGUCAACCCCCUUUGGGGGCGGGUAGUUUUCAAAAUUUUGUAGUUUCACAAAAAUUCAGCUAGUUAGAAGGCACAAAAAUAAGUUAAAUACAGGACACCCAGACACAUGCACACUUUUACACACCUUUGACCCAUACAUACGAAGACGAAGCACAUAGACAGACAACCCGGACGGCGGCAUGGUACAGAAGAACCUCGUAUCCACGGACAGUGCCGUGCUAAGCAGCGAGGCACCAUCGACCUUCAACCCGCAGGAGGAUGGGGAGCCCGACCUGUGCGCCCUCUGCCUCGACCACAUCCAGGAUCCGGAGAAGCUGCACUGCAACCACGCGUUCUGCAGGAGCUGCCUGGAGUUGUACAGGGAAGCUCGUAACUGGGUGGCCAAGCGCUGCCCCAUCUGCCGGCGCAGCCUGGAGGAGCAGGUGUCCAGGCAGUUUAAUGAUGAUUGGCGCCUAUUCGGUUUCAUGAUGGUACUGCUGAUGCUGCUCAGUCUGGGGCCAUUUUAUCUGCUGCUGCUCUACUGGUGAACUUCUUGGCCGCCGCAGCAGCACCUGACUUACCAAAAUAUGUAUAUUUGUACUUAGAUAGAUAUAUGCAAACCUGUCAGUGGAUUUUAAUUAAACCCGAAAGCCAUAAAA